AUGACAUCCUCACUCUCCCUGGCGUAUCCCCUACUCGGUUCCUACGGCCAUAUUAAAAGUACUAAUGCUUUAAUAGAUUCAUCUCCAAGGUUUUGUGAUGUCGGUACAUCAACAGAUUUUGACAUUCCUUUAUUUCAGAGUCUUAUGAUGGACAAUGAAGCACUCUCGGCCUCAAACUCCGGCUCACUGUCAGGUGCCAAUGUGAUGGUAGAUGGUUAUCUGCGGGGAACGUGCAUCUCAAACAUCAGGAAAAGCCAUGCCAAUCCCUUCCAAAGUCCUGGUCAGUUGACGUUUUUAGAUGAAAACAGGCAGUCAAAAGAAAGUCAUGACAGACUCACUGAGCACAAUAGAACCGCAAGGAAAUUUCGCAAGUCGACAUCAAAUAUGAGGGAGUAUAACAUGCAGUAUAAUGGUCUCACAAUCAUUCCUUGGGAGGAGUUUGUGUCAAAUCCUACUCAGCUCAAUGAUUUGUUUCACUUAGAAAAGACUGGCUUCAUAACAUUUGACCCUGAUGAAGUAAACGUCUUCUUUCAUGCCACAAGAAUGAAUAAACCCCCGCUUGGCAAUAUCAGCGAAAACGGCAAGGCUUGGGUUUUGACCGUAGAAAAUAGCCGUGAACUUGAAGAGCUUAGAUUGUCACUUACGGAGAGAAUAUCAGUUUUUGGGUUGACCUUAGUCAGAAAACAAUCCAAACAAAAACAACGAGCCCCGUGUUUGCUGAUGCUCGAGCCCACUGGUGGCGUUCUUGGUGAGCAGCUGAAUGCCCAUAUAAUGAGGUGUUCAAAAAUCAUGGAGCAACAAGGGAAAUUUUGCAUUGAGAUAUCCUUUAAUGGGUCAGUUGAGCGAUGGUGCAGAAAAGUUACAUCGACAAAGUGUGAGUCAGUUGGUGCCAAACUUUUGAUUACAAAUGGUGAUGAACCUGAGAAUCUAAGGACCCUGGAGAACAUCCUCUGCUGUGUUAUAUGUCUUCCUAUUUGGGCAAUACAAACCGCAGUCAUCAAG